AUGUCUGCCAAUGGAUCACAGGAAAACUUUAUCUUGGAGCAAAAUGGUAAACAAGACGCAAAACGGGUUUGUCGUAAGUGGUUUAACUGUCUCUCUGGCGUUCUAAAUGAGAAUUCGUUUGGUCAUAGAGAAUUAUGA